AUGGCUGGUUCAAUUGGAGACAUGGCUGUAGUGUACAAGAAGAAGAAUUUCACAUAUGUACCUCCGACACCGCCUGCAGAACUGAUUGAUUCUACGUCAUAUACAUUGGACUUUGUCGCCCGUAAGUUUUUGAAUGUUGGAUAUGAUUCGGAAGACAAGUUCAAUAUUGUUAUUCAUAUAAUAACACCGUCACGCUAUCCUACCAGUGUACCAUCGUUCGACUGUUUAGACAAUACAGCUGAUGGAUUUGAUUCAGACAAUUUUGCACAGUACCCUCCAUGGUAUAAUAACCGGGUAAUCCAUUCACCACCAAGCAUUGCUGUUGAUGAAAACGACGGUCCAACGCCUUUCAACAAAUCACCAUCUAUUCUAGACAGCAAGCCCACGAAAAAGCGGAGUUCUGAAACCUCAACCCGCAACCACCUCAACCUCAACCCGCAACCACCUCAACCUCAACCGCCGCCGCCUGAUCGCUGCCCGUUGGUUUUCACCCGUAAAGAUAAUUUAGUCAGACAUGGGAAAACUCAUACCGGUAUUCGUUUUCCAUGUACUAUAUGUCAGUCAACAUUUACAUACAAAACCAGUCUCACCAAACAUUUGAAAAAUGCUCAUGGCAUCGCUCCGUCUUAUAGCCAGCCUGCAUCUCAACCAGUACGACAGAGUGUCAUACAGUUCGCGCCUCGCAUUGCUCCACAGAUCCAGAUUACCCCUCAAAUUUCCGUUCCCGAUGGCUCAGCCGGUAGAUCAAAUAUGUUAACCGAAGACGAGAUGUGUAUGCAAGCCAUGGACGAAUUUGAGAAUAAAGAUUCUUAUACUACGGGCGUUAACGGGAAACGUGUUUCGACCGCCAACACCACCUCGGCUGCUAGGGUAAAAAAGACGCGGAUGGAUAUGGUGAAGGUUCCCGGGUUUAAUGAAAUUUUGUCGUCCGCGAGUCAUAAAAUAGUUCGGUACUAUGCUAAAAACAUCAGAAAUGUAAAAAUAUAUUCAGACUUUCUACGUGGGCUAAUGACCGAGCUAGUCAGUUUGUUAAAAACCCACGUACAAAAACAUGCAAUUAAAUUUAACCUUAAGCUCGAGGCGACUUACAACCGCCCCAACGUGCCGAACUCGUCAGAGAACAGGGCGUUCAAGACCUCGGCGAUAGAAAUUUAUCCAGAUAGCGACAUUAGAACGAUUGUAGAGAGAGCAUAUAUAAAGUUGAUGAAGGAGGAGGAAGAAUAUAAAUCACGCGGAAGUGGAUUUACACUAGAGUCGAUAGACGGACUAUUGUUGGCGGUCUACAAAUAUAUGCCAAUGGGUGGAUCAUCGUAUAUACAAUUACCGGAAUUUAUUGAAAGGAAGCGGGGGACAAUAAAUCCACAAAAUGUAGAUCAGGAAUGUUUCAAGUGGGCAAUACUAGCGAGACACGUGACGGGGCCGCCGGUAUACCGAGUUAGUGAAAACUAUAGGCAGCACGAGGGAAAAUAUAAUUUUGACUGUAUUUCGUUCCCGACUCCGAUGUCAGACAUAUCAAAAUUUGAAAAAAAUAACCCAAACGUGACCGUUAAUGUUUACGGCUUGGAAAAAAAGUUUCAACCACCGAAGAAAUUCCCCACAUACGAGGUGUACCCGCUGCGUGUGGUAGAUGAGGAGAAAUCAGACCACUUCGAUCUGAUGCUGGUUACGGAUGAAGACAAUGCACAUUACAUAUACAUUUCUAAUUUUUCCCGUCUCAUACGUGCGCAGAAAACUAGACAUGAAGAGAGAGUAGUGUUUUGCAAGAAGUGUUUCACAUCAUUCGAUGACAGGCGGCAUAAAUACAAGUUGAGCGGACGGGAGGCGUUAACUCAGCAUAAGCUUAUAUGCGGUGCACAUAAGCCAAUAUUACCGGUGAUGCCGAAAGAAGGCGAGUGUCUGCGAUUUGAAGCAUGGAGAAAAACUCAGAGACAUCCUAUAGUAAUAUAUGCGGAUUUUGAGACACUGCUAGUUAAGACGGACGAGGUGAAGGGAAAAAAUACGAAGAUUGUUCACAAACAUGAGGCUAUGAGCUAUGGUCUCAUUGUGAAGGCGAGCAAUGACGUACCGGCAGAGCUAUUAGCGAGAUACGAGAUACCAACGGAACCAAUAUUAUAUCGAGGAAGUGAGAGUCGGCGUGAUGUGGUGGCGACAUUUUGUUGA